AUGUCGGAGCAGCUCACCUUCCCCGCCUCCUCGGCCGCGGCCCUCGAGCCGCAUCUGCCUCCGCCCCGGUCAUCAUCAUCAUCAUCGUCGGCGACCACAGACACGCGCCCGAGCGCGACGGCGUCACCCCACCACGGCAGCGAGGCCCAACGCCCCUUCGUGACGCUCACGUUCGCCACGUCGCUCGACUCGACGCUCGCCCUCGCGCCGGGGGUGCGCACGCGCCUCUCGGGCGCCGAGUCCAAGGCCAUGACGCACUACCUGCGGUCGCGGCACGACGCCAUCCUCGUGGGCGUGUCGACGGUGCUCGCCGACGACCCGGGGCUCAACUGCCGCAUCGCCGUCGCCGGCGCGGAGACGGAGACUCAGGCUGAGAGGUUGAGGCUGCAGCCGCGGCCCAUCGUCGUGGACCCGCGCCUCCGAUGGACGCCGCGCCGCGCCGACAAGGUCCUCGAGCUGGCCCGCGCUGGGGCCGGGCUCGCGCCGUAUGUCCUCACUGCCGUGGCCGAGGCUGACGUGCCGCCCGAGAGCGCCGCGCUGCUGCGCGAGCAUGGCGGCAAGUACAUCCACAUCGAAUCGUCUACCAUUACUAGCUCUACUGCUGCCGCCGGAGAAGGAACCCACGACGGUGAGGAGACGCCGGACACGAGGCCGCGCUUCCGCUGGGAGGACAUCUUCGCGGCGCUGGCAGCCGAGGGCCUCACGAGCGUCAUGGUCGAGGGCGGCGGCCAGGUCAUCAACGCGCUGCUCCACCCGUCGUGCCAGGGGCUCGUGGACUCGGUCAUCGUGACCAUUGCGCCGACGUGGCUCGGCCAGGGCGGCGUCGUGGUCUCGCCGGAGCGGGUCACGGAUGCGCAGAGCGGGGAGCCAGUCGCGGCGGCCAGGCUGUCCGGCGUCUCGUGGCUGCCGCUCGGGGAGGACGUGGUCUUGUGCGGCAAGCUGCACCCGUAG